AUGGGAAUCGUGUUCUCAGUCUCAAUCUCUACCAACGACAUCGCUGGUUGUUGUGAUUGCACUGCUGCUCGAGCAAAUUACAUAUGCAAGCUUGCAGAAAAUCAGGUUACUUUGAGAACAGAGCUUCAAAAAUUAAGGGAGCUGAAGAACGAUGUGAAUAGGAAGGUGGAUGUGGCUGAGAGACAACAAAUGAAACGUCUGGAUCAAGUACAAGGCUGGCUUUCCAGGGUGGAAGCCAUGGAAACUGAAGUCGGUCAAUUGAUUGGAGAUGGAGCGGAGACCAUUGAGGAGAAACGAUUACAUGGUUGUUGCCAUCCCAAGCUUUGCAUCUCCAGCUACACGUUGGGAAAAAAAGUGGCCAGGAAGCUACAAGAUAUGGCUACUCUAAUGAGCGAAGGACGUAAUUUUGAGGUGGUGGCUGAUAUUGUACCUCCAGCUCCUGUGGAGGAAAUACCCGGCCGACCCACUGUGGGCUUGGAAUCAACAUUUGACAAAGUUUGGAGGAGUCUCGAAGAAGAACAUGUAGGGAUGAUCGGCUUAUAUGGGUUGGGGGGCGUUGGGAAGACCACCCUCUUGACACAAAUCAACAAUCAUUUCCUGAAAACAUCCCACAAUUUUGAUGUCGUAAUUUGGGUAGUGGUUUCAAGAACUCCAAAUCUAGAGCGGGUUCAAAAUGAGAUUUGGGAGAAGGUGGGGUUCUGUGAUGAUAAAUGGAAAAGAAAAAGCCGCCAUGAGAAAGCCAAAGACAUCUGGAAAGCCUCGAGCAAAAAGAGGUUUGUGAUGUUGUUGGAUGACAUGUGGGAGCAAAUGGAUCUGUUAGAAGUGGGAAUUCCACCUCCUGACCAACAAAAUAAGUCCAAGCUGAUAUUCACCACUCGAUCUCUGGACUUGUGCGGGCAAAUGGGAGCUCACAAGAAGAUCCAAGUGAAAUCUUUGGCAUGGAAGGAUUCGUGGGAUUUGUUUAAAAAAUAUGUGGGAAAGGAUGCCCUUAAUUCUGAUCCAGAAAUAUCUGAGCUGGCUGAAAUGGUUGCAAAAGAGUGUUGCGGUUUGCCACUGGCGAUAAUUACCGUAGGGCGAGCCAUGGCUUCUAAAGUGACACCCCAAGAUGGAAGCAUGCAAUUAGAGUACUACAAACAUGUGCUUCAAAUUUUCCAGGUAUGGGGCACCGAGUGUACCCACUUUUGA